AGUGGUGGUUUUGCUAAAGUAGAAAAAGCUAAAUGGAGAGAAAUUGAUGUUGCAACCAAAGUUAUUACAAUUGAUAAAGAUUAUAAAGGAAAAAAUAAACAAGAAUUAUUUGAACAAGAAGUUUCAAUGAACUAUAUCCUCAGACAUCCAAACAUUGUCCAGUUCCUCGGUGUAGUCAUGAAAAGUAGAACCAUGGUUAUGGAAUAUAUGAAUGGUGGUACUCUUAGAGAGUUAUUAAGUCAAAGAAAUGUUUUAAACUCCUUCGAAGAAAAUCCAAUGCUCCCUUUAAAGAUUGCAAUGGAUAUUGCUUUGGCUUUGUUAUAUUUACAUAAAUCCUCAAUUCUACAUAGAGACCUAACAUCGUCCAAUGUUUUACUCCAAAAUCCACUUGAUUUAGAAAAUGGUAAACCAGUGGAUUAUAGAAAUUGUAAAUCCAAAAUAUCAGACUUUGGAAUUAGUAAAGUUAAAAAUGGAAGCUCAACUCCAAGAGUAGGCAAUGUAUCCCACAUGGCCCCAGAGGUCUAUCAAAGUAAACCAUACACCGAAGCCUCUGAUGUUUUUUCUUAUGGUAUCAUUCUUUGGGAACUUAUAACC